GCGUUACUUGCGCGCGCGUGCAGUCAAUGCGCUCCGAUGCGCGGGCCCUGAGCCGCCCACUUGCUCUAUCCCGUGUGAACGCGCACGCCACUGCGUGCACCAGCGACAGAGGAGCUGCUGCAGCUGCUGGCUUGUUUCGUGUGUUUUGUGGGGAUGCGACGUCUACUGUAAUAAAAAAAUUGCGUUAACCAAACCAAACAGUGCACCUGCCGAAAUACAACCCGUGGAGCCAGACUAGAAGUUUGCUGAAAGAGUAGAAGAUGGCUGAGCAGCAGAGGCAGCGGUCCCUGUCCACGUCUGGAGAUACACUAUACCACGUGCUGGGGAUAGACAAGAAUGCCACGCCAGACGAUAUCAAAAAAUCUUAUAGGAAACUCGCAUUGAAAUAUCACCCCGACAAGAAUCCAGAGAACCCUGAGGCCGCAGACAAGUUUAAAGAGAUCAACAGUGCCCACGCCAUCCUGGUCGACAACACAAAGCGCAACAUCUACGACAAGUACGGCUCCCUGGGGCUGUAUGUGGCAGAGCAGUUCGGAGAGGAGAAUGUAAAUACGUAUUUUGUCCUGUCCAGCUGGUGGGCAAAGGCUUUGUUUGUGUUCUGUGGCCUUGCAACUGGCUGCUACUUCUGCUGCUGCCUGUGCUGCUGCUGUAACUGCUGCUGUGGGAAGUGUAAACCCAAACCACCCGAGGGAGAAGAGCCCGAGUUUUAUGUCUCCCCAGAAGACCUAGAGGCACAGCUUCAGUCUGACGAGAAGGAUGGAGAUGCACCAAUCGUGAUGCAGCCUGCGUCAGCCACAGAAACCACCCAGCUGACAGCCGAUAGCCACACCAGCUACCACACUGACACAGGAUUUAACUAAAGCUUCCACUCGGCCCUGUCAAUUCACACCGUACAGUUUUAAUGAGGAAACAAGAAAAGGUCAUUUCACCACUGGAAUAGAGAACGCCCGAGGGAGAGAGUGGGGAGUGGGGGGUGAACGAACUUUCACAGACAUCUGCCAUGAAAACAAUAGACAUCAACAUUCAGUUGAGUUAUUUUUUUUUUCUUCUUCUUUGGUCUUCAUUGCUCCCAAGCCCUUCCACGACACAUGACGUUCUGUAGCAUGCAGUAUUUAAAUCAGUUUAGGUAGGCUUUUAAGUUUAGGUCUUGUUCUAGUCAUACAUAUUUAUGUGGUUUUAUUUCAUCCACUGUAAGAUUUAUGUUUGUACUCAGUGAUGCAUCGGAAGUAACCUUCUGCACAUAAGCAGUGGUUUGAUAAUAUCUUUGAACCCCAAUAAAGUGGUAGCCAGCUGUUAAGGUUUUUAGGACUUAAAAAAAAAAAAAAAGUAUUUUAAUUAAUUAUGCAUUUCAUUGAAUUAUGCAUAUGGAAGUGUUCUUAGUCUGUUAAUGGGAUUUUUCUGGCAUAAUAUCCUUUAAUUGUUUGACUAAGGUGGGGGGGUGAUUUGAUUAACCCAUACCCUGCCAGUGUAUUUUAAUUUUUUAAGCAUUUUACAGCACUGGAUAAACAACCACCUAUCCAGGUGUAAAAUGCUUUUUUUUAAAAAGGUAUAAAAAAGGAUAUAAGUUGAACAUAUCAACCCCUAAAUGUUCUUCUGAAAUUGUCAUAAUUGAUUUGUUUUUUGCAAUUUAUAAACCUAUAAUACAAUUCCGUAAGUAUAUUUCUUUCUUCGGGAUAGCUGAAAAAUGUUGAUGACAUGAUACUAGUUCUGUAAUACGUGGAAUGAACCCCAUUCAGCAUGUGCUGUGUUUUAAACUGCGAGGUCAUUGUGAAUGAGCGAACCAGUGAGGAGAAAAAAAGAAAAUAAAAAACACGAGUGAGUACAAUCAGUAAGUUACUGUGGAGUCUGUUUCAGUGAUUUAAACAGCAGUAGAUCCAGCUGGUUAAUAGAUCCAGCUGGUUAUCUGUGUUGGCAGUACAAUCCUUGAGUUAAUUUCUUAAUCCACAUUAAAAAAAAAAAAUGCAUGCAUUUAACAUUCAUACAGGUUGUACAGUUUCACAUCAGCAGCACAUUUUAAACGGUCUUAAAGGGUCAAGUUGUGUUGUGGUUGAUCAUCAAGGAACAUUCCUUAAUAAAAAGCAAUGCCGUAAUCAAUGUGUACUGAGUAAGCCCUGAGUAUCACAGAUGCAGUCUCUGUACCAGUCCUUGUAGCUUGCAUACUAUUUAGAGAAGGAAUGAUUGCGUUCGACUCCUGCCUGUGUGCAGCAUGGUUCUUUGUAUAAUUAAAAAUGUGUGAAGAAGGUUUACAUACUGUUAAAACUAUAAAAGUAUCUGGCAUUGCUUGUCUGUGGUAGAGCUAUCGCUGAGCCUUGCUACCAUAUGCUAGUUGACAGACAUGUUGUGCUUUCCCAUUUUAUAUGAACACCAUUUGAAUUGUUAUUCAGAAAAGAAGGCUGUCAAAAAGGACAUGGGUAUAUACCAUUCUGAUGGCUUCUGUACCGGUAUACCAAAGUACUGUAUAUGUUAAGUGUGUGUAGAACUUCUAAGAAACUCUGAUGAACCGUGGUUUUUGGAACUACAGUAUGUCUUGUGAUUAAAUGGUUAAAGUUAUGGGGAUCUGAAGCAGAUCUGGAUCUACUACACAGACUAUAUUAUUACCUUUUAAUUGGAUUUGCUGUUUUGUGGCAUACUGUACAUGUGAAUCAACAGGAAGUAUGCAUUAGACGUACAUUCAAGCUUUGCACUUCUUUGUACAGCUGAUCUCCAAUCCGAAUCACAAAUAUUACACACAAAGUUCUAGAGAGAACAGCGGUUUAGUUAUGUCUUGUACUUCCAGUGCUGCGUGAGAAAAACACCAGUAAUAGAAACUCCAGCCCGCUAUUUCCUAAUGCGGUUCAUAUAGUCAUGCAAGUAAGGACAUCACUUUUCACCAAACUGGUGGCCAUUUUGGAUAGAGAAAGGCGGAGCAUUACUGGAGAAAUUUAAGGAAAUCAAAGUUAGCAUAGAUUCUGGGUUUCUUUUUUUAUUUUAAUUUCAUGGGUUUAUAAAAUACACACUGGAAUGAAAGAUAGCGACAAGAACAAAUGGAUUAUGAACAGUAAAUUGGGGGGGGGGGGGGGGGGGGCGUUGUUUAAAACUAUGUCUUCAUCGUAUACAUAUUGGGCCUGAAACAUUUGUUAUUCAUAUUUUUAUUUUGUAUUUGUUAAUUUUAAUCUGCCACUAGUGUAAGGAUGUAAGACUACAGGCUGCCUAGAGUUGUACUUGUUGUAUGUUUUAAAUGUAGUCCGGUUUUAAAAAAGAGAACAAUAUAUAUAGUUAAGUUAUUUUUAUUGGUAUGUGUCAAAACGCUGUAGAUAAACUUCAUUUAUUGUUGUAUUUUUUAUGUUGAAGUUUACAAACUGCUUUAGAUAGUGCUAAAAGUGAAGCAACAUGCCUUUUUAAGUGUAUUAGGUAGAAUAGAAAGGGACUCCACUUCAUUUUAAAAGUGUGUGCAAUCUGCUGGUGUUGAUGUUGUAAUAGCGCUUAUUAGAAAGGCUAUUAAAUACCUCUUCUCUAACACCCCAGAAGAAAGGUGAUUUUUAAAACGCACACUGCAAUCUCCCGUGUUCAUUGGAAACAUUUUUUACACGGAAUGAUUGCAUUUUAUUUAUUUUUAAAAAAUGCCAGUAAACAACCUUUUUAUUAUUUCCUGUUGACAAUCAAAUGUUCAUUUCACAAUAAAACUAGUUACAUACAAAAAAGAAAUAAACAUGCAAUUCUCUAUUUUAGGAAAUAUUUAAAAAAUAAAUAAAUUAAAAAAAAACUAGUAAUUGUAUUCUGUUUUCUUAGCCACCCAUUCAAUAGAUUCUUGCUGUUUGAAGGUCAUUCUGUGAAAGCUAAUCCUGCCUGGAUGUUUCUACUCAUCUGAGAUCUGGCAUACUGCAAACUUUUCACUCUUAGAAAGAGAUUCUUUAGCCAACUAGCACUACUGGAGUGUCGCUACCUUCAAAGAUGGUGUGUAAUUGGGUACUGUAUUUCCUUUCUGUUUUAGGGCAGCAUGAUUUCUACAUACUCAAUAGUUAUGUGAUCUGUUUUCAAAGCCGUUUCGUUAGACAGUAAUCAUACACCCCUGUCGGCAAGCCUACAAUGCACUCGCAUUGCCUGUAUCGUAGAAUAAAUGGACUUGUUCUUUCCAAAGUGUGCACUGAUGCAGCAGCAUGUUGUAACAGACAGUGUGUGGCACUCUAUUUGUGUUGUAUCAUUUUGUUCUUUUUUUAAAAUUGUGUUUACUUUUAGAAUAUUGAAAAACAGUAUACUUAACACUUAUUGGUGGGUUAAGCUAUAGCCCAAUGUGCUAAAAAUACUACCGUAUAUUAUAAACUAAGAACUAUUGUAAACUUCCAACUAAGACUGUGUUACAAUGGCUGUAAGUGCUGGCUCCACUGAUCCAGCCUGACACUAUUCUACCUGAUUUUACAUACAGACAAAAAGCAAGUAUCCUACUGCAGAUGGUAGCAUAAACAGCACUUGAUUCUGUUCAGAGGAACAAUAAUUCAUAUUCAGUGUAGUCUAAUUCAUGUAAAUUGUAAAACUAAUUUCCAUUAUAUCUUGAGGUGAAUGGCAUUCUUGAGGGAAUUAAAAAAUAUAUAUAUAUACAAUUAUAGGGACCAUACUUUACCAGAGGAAAACCUUAGGAUGCUUGCUUGUCUGUUUUGGCUUUAACUCGAUAGUAAUAGUGAUUAAUCUCCCUGAAGUUAUACCCAGUGCAUUUGCAUAAUGUAUUAUAUAUCAUAACUACUGAACUUGAGAAAAAGGACCAUAGUCAUAGUGACGACUGCAAUGCACUUAACGCUAUGCUUCUCCUUUUAAAAUAUAGCCAUCGUUAACAUCAAAGCCAAUUAGUGAUUUUUAACAUUUCCAAAUAUCCCCUUCAGUCACUGUGUGCAUAAUUGUACCAUGUGAAGUUUCCUAUCUAUGUAUCUAUUCUGUAAUGCAUUUUGAAGUUCUGGCAGGGCAACUUCUUAAACUCCAUAGAGUUCACACACACUCUUUUGAAACUUCACAUUUAAUAAUGAAAAAUCAUGACUGACGGGGUUGUAUUCAUGCCAGUUUCUAACAUAUUUAUAUAUUGUGUAGUUUUCUGUUUUCUGUAGGUUUUUGUUUUUUAAAUAUACAAGUUUGAAUGUUAUGUUGUGUAGUGCAGAACCUUUUUUUUUUGUGGGACAUUGAAUUGUCUUUUAUGGACUCUGCAACAUUUUGUCAACCCAUAUUCCAUAAAAUGAAUGAAUCAUGUUUGUAAGUUUUAAAACAGAUUCACAGCCAGGCCCUUGACUCUUAAAGUUACUGCUUCAUGGUUUGUUGAUGGAGUAUUUUGCACUGUAUGUGCCAAAUUGUCAUGUACAGUCAAAAGCUGUUUUUUUAUUCCUACCAAGUCUUGUUGUGUUUUGCUGUAGGGUAACAAACUGCUUUGUGCCAGUCAGUAUGCCAAUAUGUUGAAUGAUUAAAUAUCAAUUUACAGUCUUCCCCCCCCUGCUUUGGUUGGUUGUGUAUUAUCUGUGACUAUAGGAGUACUAUCCCAGCCUCAAGAUGUGCUAUGGCUUAUUUUUAAAAACAUUGGAAAUUGCAAACUGUGAGUGAGUGAUUGCAUAAUGGAACUGUAUUGGAUUACUGAUAAAGACUUCUUUUAAGCUCUAAAAUAUUAGUGGAUUAAAUCGUGAUACAGUAUUAAUGCAUUCAUUUUAUUUUUUGUUUGUUUUGUUUUCUUAAAGGACCAUAGUUUUAAAUUGUAUGUACAAUAUGUAGAUGUGGCCAUUAAAAAUGUUGGCUUAAUGGAAAUGGGCUCCUGUACAUAUGCUUAAAUGAUAAUGAUAUUAAUACAAUUGUAUGUUUUAGCAUGGUUAUUUAUGUACUGUAUGUCUGAAAGAAAACAUUGGUAAUUUAUCUGAUUUUGCUGUUGUAAAAUAAAUAUGUUUCUGAUGCUUAAA